AUGAAUCGAGCACUGUUCAUUCUGUUGGCACUCUGCACCCUUACGGCCGCCUUGGUCCCGAGACAUAGGCGAGCAAUCAACACUGAAGACGAAAACGGUGCAACGUCAAGUAAGCCCAUUGAAAUAUGUGCCCCUCGGACUCCGUGUGGUUGGUCCAUCUACAGACCUGGCGUCAAACUCAUUGAAGUAAACAUCACAAACACUUAUUGUGUGUGUGGAGUUGGACAAAUAUGUAGAAUAACUGUUGAUGAUGAGAACACUAGCGCCUUCGUGCACCACUGCACCGCGAAGAAUGGAGACACUAUUGAAACGCCGGAGAGC